UUCAGCCACCAGAGGGCGUCAGAACUCCGAGUUGUUUGAAGGAAACGGAGGUGCCGCAGAGUUGAUAGCGCGAACCGACUGCUCCUUCCUACUCUACCGUCAGGGCACAAUGAGGGCGGUGAUCCAGCGGGUGACUCAGGCCAGUGUGACCGUUGGAGAAGAACAGAUCAGUUCCAUUGGACGUGGUAUCUGUGUAUUGUUGGGAAUUUCGGUGGAAGACACACAGAAGGAUGUUGACUAUAUGAUCAGAAAGAUUCUGAACCUCCGGAUAUUCGAGGAUGACAGCGGUAAACACUGGUCCAAAAGUGUCAUGGACAAGCAGUAUGAAGUGUUGUGCGUCAGCCAGUUUACCUUACAAUGUAUCCUGAAGGGAAACAAGCCUGACUACCACAUGGCCAUGCCUUCUGAGCAGGCUGAACCCUUUUACAAUGACUUCCUGCAGCAAAUGAGGAAGGUCUACAAACCAGAGCUUAUCAAAGAUGGCAAAUUUGGAGCCUAUAUGCAAGUACACAUACAAAAUGAUGGCCCUGUUACAAUAGAGUUGGAGCCCCCAGCCUCAACAGCUGACCCAAAACAUAUUAAGUGUUCCUCCGAGAAGCCUUUUUAUGACAAGAAAAAAACCGAAGGCCUUUCCGAAUUACCUUCUUUACCUUCGUAUAAAAGAAUGAACUGACAUCUGGUGUUUUUCAUAGCAGCAAGGCAUACAACAACCUUACCACAGGAGGGACUUCCAUUGGGUGCGACAUCCACAUGGCUGUAUCUUGGCUCAGCUGUGCAAGUCCAGGCACAUUAAUUAUUCACCAAUUGUUCCCGAUAAACCCUUAAACAGCACUAGGAUGACAACAGCCCACAGCCUCUCUGCACAAGUCCAACCUGGCCCACAGGUGCUGCCGAAUGGCGAUACCAGAUCCCACUGCUGUGCAGUGGAAGUUUGGCAUCCGGUGCAGGUCUCAGAUGCACCACUCCUGCCUCCCUACCCAUAUAGAUCUGCUGUCAAGCUCUCCUUAUGCCUUCUCCUCUGCUUUACCUUCUUGUCACCACACCCAAGCACUCGGGAGCAACAUAGCAAGGGGUACAGCCAAAAAUCCAGUCACACAUGAUCCUCUGCAGCAAAGCCCAGCAGUACCUGCACCAAUUCAGUGCCCUGUGAAAACAGCUGUGAUCAAACACAAGGGCUCCAUCUUCUUACUGAUAGGACUCUUUAAUCCAUAGAGCAUAUACUUUGGGUUGUGCACCAUGCACCAUCUCUAUGCUCUGCCACUUGCUGAACCUGCAACCCAUCAUUCUACCAGCUCACAUGUUGCCCAUCUAGUUGGGGCUUUUGCUGACAUUCUAUAUUCACACCUGGAAUAAGAGCAAAAAGCUGCAGACUUGUCCUUCAGUAAGUUUUAGUAAGUAAAAAAAAUCAGCUUUUUUGUUUAUUCAUUACAUCUGUUCAGGGAGGAAUCAAUGUAGCUGCCAGUACAGUCAUCAGCAGUAGGGUGGCACUAAGUAAUUUUUAUAUCGCCCAACUCUACAUUUGAAUAAAAAUGAG